UUUGACUGUCACCUGGACGAGCACAACCAGAUUCUGAACAGCGCUGGUUAAACGCGUUGAGCUUUCAGCAACUAAGAGGAGGUGAAAAGCUAAAAACUGCUGCUUCUCCACCGACAUUGAUUGAUUGAACAGUAAGCGACGCGAAACAGAAACACCAGAGUCGCAUGUUGACUCGACUGCUGCCUCCAUUCAUUUUGUCGUGUCUGUGUGUGUGAGUGAGUCAUUCAUCGCGUCCAGUCGUUUUAACACCUGUUUUCCAGACAUUCAAAGUCUACUGACCUUUUUAAGGAAUAAUCAAGGAGUAUGGUGGGGAUUUCUGCAUGAGCAGAAGUAGUAACUGUUACAAAAAAAAAGGCAAAAUGAGCAAAAAAUAUGAAUCAACAAACGUGUCUGAAGUGGAGGAGCAUAUUUCUCUGAAGUAUGAAAUCAAGAAGAGACUUGGAAAGGGGGCCUAUGGCAUCGUAUGGAAGGCAGUUGACAGACAGAGCGGAGAGAUUGUGGCUGUGAAAAAGAUCUUUGAUGCCUUCAGAAACAGGACAGAUGCCCAACGGACAUUCAGAGAAAUCAUGUUCCUUCAGGAGUUUGGCGAUCAUCCCAACAUCGUCAGACUUCUCAAUGUCAUCCGGGCCCAAAAUGAUAAAGACAUUUACCUCAUUUUUGAAUAUAUGGAUACUGACCUGCAUGCAGUGAUUAAGAAAGGAAGCCUACUGAAGGACAUCCAUAAACGUUAUGUGAUGUACCAGCUCCUCAAAGCCGUCAAAUACCUGCACUCAGGAAAUGUUAUCCACAGGGACCAAAAGCCAUCCAAUGUGUUGUUGGACACUGACUGUGUAGUCAAGCUGUGUGAUUUUGGCUUGGCCAGAUCACUCAACCAGAUCCAAGAAGACAGUGGGAAUCCUGCACUGACAGAGUAUGUGGCUACGCGGUGGUACAGAGCUCCUGAGAUCCUGCUGGGGUCCUCAAGGUACACUAAAGGUGUAGACAUGUGGAGCCUUGGCUGUAUCCUGGGAGAGAUGCUGCUGGGAAAAGCACUGUUCCCUGGGACAUCCACCAUCAACCAGAUAGAGAAGAUCAUGAGUGCCAUACCACAUCCGAGCCCAGAAGAUAUUCUCUCAAUCAAGUCUGAAUAUGGAUCUUCUGUCAUUCAGAGAAUGUUACUGAAACCACAGGUGCCUCUGGAGGAUCUUCUCCAGCCGUCUGUGCCUCCUGAUGCUCUGGACCUGCUGAGGGGUUUGCUAGUUUUCAACCCAGACAAGCGGCUGACUGCUGAGGAAGCCCUCCAACACCCAUAUGUUGCCAGGUUCCAUAAUCCAGCCAAGGAGCCAGCUCUUAACUAUGAUGUAGUGCUGCCAGUGGAUGAUGAUGUGCAAUUAUCUGUGGUUCAGUACCGCAACAAACUUUAUGAGAUGAUACUGGAGAGGAAAACUAAUCAAGGGAUGCUAAGACUGACCCAGCCGAAGGAAAUAGGCUGUGUCAGUAGCAGAGAGAAGCCCGGUGUGAAGGACAAAGGAGAGAAGGACCCUGUGGCGGUGAAUGGCGAUAGUAAUGCUGACCAUGAGGGGAAACCACAACAUGAAAAGACUGAUGAGAAAACCCAUGUGCCUUCACAUACAGGCGUCACCAAACCUGGGCCUGUGAAUGUUUCCACCCAGCCUGCUGUGGAGAAGACAAGUCCAUUAGCUAGCCCGGGCUUGGGAAAACUCACAUAUAAUCCCAUCACACAUGCCCCAAACAUUUUUGUUCGAAGCCAAGCUGGUCCUCCCCAUUACUACCACUCUACUGCAGCCAGCAGGAAGCUAAUGGGACAGACCAGUCAUGGAAAUGCAGCUACAUCACCAACAGAGGGCACUAACGCUAAUACUUCCAUGGACCAUAUUCUCCAGCGUGGUCGCUCAGCCCCUGUGGGUCAUAACCGUUCCUUCUCCUUGACUCUAAACCAAACACAGAACAACCCGCUAGUGCGCAAGGGUGAGCCAUCUUUGUCCUCGGGGCUAUUUGUCACAUCUGCACGCCUGAACCAGCGCUCCAACUCUCAGGUUCGUGAGGCUCGACCCCCAAUACGGUUCAGCAAGAAAGUAUUUCAGAGUAACUGUAAUGUGGCAGCCGCGGGUGACCCUCGAGCCAAGCUAGGCAGUUACUCCCAGGCCUAUGGCACUAUCAACAAGACUGAACUGGACAAUCUGCUUCAAAGUCGUCCUUGCAACCAGUAACUGCUGUCAUGUCAGUGGUUACAUAAGGGCUGGGUGGCACCUGUGUUGAAAUACACAACAAAGUUUCCCCUGGAUAGGAUGUUAGGCACAUGGCAAACUGAAAGAGAUCUUGUAAAUAGCAACUGUUAAGACUGUUAAGUCAAACCUCUUGUGUAGAAUGUACCCAUGGAGACAUGGAUUUCCGUUCGCUGUCUGUGACAGUGAAUAUAUUUUGUAAAAAUCCAACUGUACCAGCAAUUCAUGAGAAUAUGCACAUGUGUAAUUUUUUCAAGACGUUUUGCUCAGCUGCGCUUCUUAUGAGGCUGGAUUACCUUAAUGGUUUAUGUACAUUCAGCCAUAGGGUUUCAGAUGGACACAGAAUAACUGUAAAAUGUACAAAUAGUUGUUUGAAUUGUUUAUAUGCAACAAGUAAUUGUCUGUUAGUACAGCAGCAAUAAGCCCACUUGUUCCUCUAAUGUGUACAGAAAGAAAAUGAUUAAUGUUUUUUGAACAUUAAUCAAUUUGGAAGGUUUAACAGAUGACUGUGGCAGCAAAAGACAAAGUUUAAUAAUAAAAAGAGUUUGAAGUAU